AUGGACAAAUCGACCAUGAACGUCGUCGAAGAAACGCGCCUCUUUGGUGAAGUACCGCAGGUGACACUCGCAUUUUCGGGUACCGAAACUGAUCAGAAGAAUGUCGUCGAAGAAAACCUGCUAUCGAAUCAAUCAAACUCGCAAGUGAAUAAUGAUUGUCAACAGGAUAAUAAAAGCUCCGGUGUCAGCAGCGCCACAAGCAGUAUGGCAAACAUGGACCUGAAUGCCCCUAAAACGAACGAUUUGCAAGAGAAACUCAAUUUAACCGAUGAAUCCGGCAGAGAGCCUCAGCCGGACUCGAUGACCACGGUUGUGAUUGAUAUGGACCCAGCCGUAGACGGAUCUCUCGCGUUUAAUUACUCCAACAUGAGUUAUUCACAGAUCGUCCAGCAGCUUCGAACCACAUUCAACAGUGGUAAGACGAGGGAUGUGGAUUUUAGAUUGGAUCAGCUGAAAGCACUAAUGCGAUGCUACGAAGAAAACACCGCCGAGAUGGCAAACGUGCUGGCAUCGGAUCUACGCAAGCACAAGCAAGAAGCCCAUCUGCUUGAAAUCGAAUUUAUUCUGAAUGAUCUGCGCAAUACAUUGUACAAUUUGCGAGAAUGGAUGAAACCGGAAAAACCUGAGAAGAGCUUGGUGAACAUGAUGGAUGGGGUGUAUAUCUACAAAGAUCCGUACGGAGUGGUACUUGUCAUUGGUGCCUGGAAUUAUCCGCUGCAGCUUACCUUGGUGCCGGUGGCCGCUGCAAUUGCAGCAGGAAACUGCGUCGUAAUCAAGCCAAGCGAAGUUGCUCCGGCUUCGGCGAAAUUUAUUGCCGAAAUUCUUCCAAAGUAUUUAUCAUCGGCUUGCUAUCGAGUGGUUACCGGUGGCCCCAAAGAAACCUCAGAGUUGCUGAAGGAAAAGUUCGACUAUGUGUUUUACACUGGCUCUGGCCGCGUUGGCAAAAUCGUUCAUCAGGCAUGUAGUGAACACUUGACGCCCUGUACGCUCGAGCUCGGCGGCAAAAGCCCUUGCUAUUUGGAUAGCACGGCUAACAUUGAGAUUGCAGCUCGGCGCAUCCUAUGGGGCAAGUUCAUCAAUGCUGGCCAAACGUGUAUCGCGCCCGAUUACAUACUUUGCAGCAAGCAGGUUCAGAACCAGUUUAUCGAAGAAGCACGAAAGGUGCUGAAAGAAUGGUAUGGUACGAACCCAAAGGAUAGUCCAGAUCUUUGCCGCAUUAUCAACCAGAAUCAUUUUCAGCGACUUACUUCGCUUCUGAAAGGUGCAAAUGUGGCUAUUGGUGGUGAAACAGAUUUGCAAGAUCGUUACAUCUCUCCAACGAUCCUGGUCGACGUAAAGUCAACGGAUCCCGUGAUGCAGGAUGAAAUUUUCGGUCCCAUCCUACCAAUCCUAAACGUCGACAACGCAUUCGAUGCAAUCAAAUUCAUUAACUCCAGUGAUAAGCCUCUCUGCCUAUACAUCUUCAGUAAGAAUGAGGCAGAUAGACGUACCAUGAUAGAAAAAACCUCUAGCGGAGGCGUUUGCGUGAACGAUACCCUAAUGCAUUGUGCAGUUGAAGCAUUGCCAUUCGGUGGAGUUGGCCCUAGUGGUAUGGGUUCUUACCACGGUAAAUACUCCUUUGACACGUUCGUCCACAAGAAGUCCUGUUUGACGAAAGAUUUCAACCCAAUUGGCGAAAAGCUGGCCGCUUCUCGAUACCCGCCGUACUCGGAAAGUAAGCUGUCCUUCCUGAGCGUUCUGCUGAAGAAGCGUCAGGGAAUCAACUUGAACUUUUUGCCAUAUCUAUUGAUGUUCGGUAUUGGUGUUGCAUCAACCCUCGCGCUGAGCGCCAUCCUUAAGGAUGACGAAUAAUGCUGUUCAUCGACUCUAACGCUGGUGAAAGCCGAUGAUCGUAGAGACUGUGACUGUACAGGACAACAGAAGUGCCGACCUAGAAGAAAGGAUAAUGCUGGUGCAUCCUUCAUCUACGGAAAUACCGGAAAAAUAACUUAAAAGAUAGUCUUUUUUUCCAUUUUGUUAAACGUGUAGAUCACUUGCAAUUAUUUUAUUUCCGCGCAAUGUUGUCUGGAUAAUUUUAAUACUACACUCCGCCGGUAUGGGGGAUGGACGAUAUAGGACAAUUAGGGAACUGAAAAAAAUCUUUUUUUUUAGACAUUUUAUUAAAACAAUGUUUUCUACAACAAUUUUUCAAAUAUCAAAGAAAUAACGUUGAAUGUGGCAUUGGAAAUUGUUGUUGCGUGCUUUAAGUUUUAAAUUAUAAUCGUGCAAACUAUUCACAAAUCACAAAACAUAGGACAUUCAGAUGCUUGCGCACAGGGUAUUGUUUUGGGAUUAAGCAAUAAAUGU